GGAAAUUUCAGAGAGGCAAGGGAAAAGAUACGUCUGCGGUUUUUCGGCGGAGUUGGGGUUUUAGUUCUGUGGGAGCCGGGAGGGGAGAAAGAGGAGAGAUGGGGCGGAGAAUAUUGAACGAUGCAUUGAGGUCAAUUGUGAAUGCGGAGAGGAGAGGGAAAGCUACAGUGGAUUUGAAACCCAUCUCCACCGUGAUGUCUUCUUUCCUCAAGAUCAUGAAAGAUCAUGGAUACAUCAGGGACUUUCAGGUUUAUGAUCCACAUAGAGUGGGAAGAAUAACAGUUCAACUACAAGGCAGGGUAAAUGAUUGCAAAGCUCUCACUUACAGGCAAGACAUCAAAGCAAAAGAUAUUGAAGCCUACAGAUUACGCACACUACCAACGCGGCAGUGGGGUUAUGUCGUGAUUACAACCCCAGAUGGUAUUUUGGAUCAUGAAGAGGCCAUCAAGCGAAAUGUGGGGGGACAGGUUCUCGGUCACUUCCAUUAGCUCCCUGGCCUCUCCCCACACAUCUGGUUAGGAAGAGGGGAAGAGUUGUUUAUGGAAUUUGGGACUUUUAUGGCUUGAUUUCCACCUCCAAGAUUGUGUUAUUUGUAAACUACAGUCAAGAUCUCUCCUAAUUUUUUACAAGUUAAAGACAUGAAUUCUGAUAUUUAACCUCUCUAAUUCUUGGAUAUGGCCGGGGAUGAGAUCGUCCCUAUCUGCUUCAAAUACAUAUGAUAGUAUCAU